ACAGUUACUUGUAGCAUUACUGUGUAUGUGAGCCAACAUUUUUUAUUUUGUGCAAAUUAAAACAGAGAUCAUCAAAGUCAACCAGCAAACAUGGAGCGUGGGAGGAUCAUCUUCUACGAGGACAGGAGCUUCCAGGGCCGCAGCUAUGAGUGCAGCAGUGACUGCCCGGAGCUGAACACACACUUCAGCCACUGCAACUCUAUCCGGGUGGAGAGCGGGGCCUGGGUGCUGUACGAUCGCCCCAACUACCAGGGCACCCAGUACGUGCUGACCCGCGGAGAGUACCCCGAGUACCAGCGCUGGAAUGGCUUCAACGACACCGUCCGCUCCUGCCGCAUGAUCCGUCACAUCUACGGCACCUGGCGCAUCCGUGUCUACGAGCGCCCCAACUUCCAGGGCCAGAUGAUGGAGUUCAACGACGACUGCCCCUCCCUGUCUGAACGCUUCCAGCACCAGGAGGUGCACUCCUGCAAGGUGUACGACGGCGCCUGGGUCUUCUACGAGCAGCCCAACUACCACGGACGCCAGUGGCUGAUGGAGCGCGGCGAGUACCGCCGCUUCACCGAGUGGGGCGCCAUGCACCCCAGCGUCGGCUCUCUGCGCCGCGUCCAGGACUUCUGAGAUCUCACCCACCUGUGUCUGUCAUUUAGGUCUGAUCAAUAAUCAAUCAUGAUGCAAUGAUAGUAAUAAUAAAGAGCAUGAUGGAAGGUUUCAUUUUCA